ACCAAGGUGAAACGAAAACGUGGGUCCCACCCUGUGACCUGCCUCACCACGGCACCCUCAGAUCUCAUCUCCCUCGCUCCCGAUCACCCCCGCGGGAUCGGAGCAUGGCGUCCGCGGCGGUGGUGGACGCCGGCGACGCGCCGGACCCAACGGUGCGGAACCUCCUCGAGCAGGAGAGCCUCAAGUGGGUCUUCGUCGGCGGCAAGGGCGGCGUCGGCAAGACCACCUGCAGCUCCAUCCUCUCCGUCCUCCUCGCCUCCGUCCGCCAGUCCGUGCUCGUCAUCUCCACCGACCCGGCCCACAACCUCAGCGACGCCUUCCAGCAGCGCUUCACCAAGUUCCCCACCCUCGUCCGCGGAUUCUCCAACCUCUACGCCAUGGAAAUUGAUCCAAAGGUAGAAAAUGAUGAUUUAUCCAAUGAAGGAAUGGAGGGAUUCCUUUCAGAAUUAACAAAUGCGAUUCCAGGAGUAGAUGAAGCUAUGAGUUUUGCUGAAAUGCUAAAAUUAGUCCAAACAAUGGAUUACUCUGUUGUAGUUUUUGAUACUGCUCCUACAGGGCAUACUUUACGGCUGCUACAGUUCCCAGCAACCCUAGAGAAGGGUCUCGAGAAAAUGAUGGAGUUGAAAAAUAGAUUUGGCGGUCUGUUGAAUCAGGCUAGUCGAUUGUUUGGUCUUGGCGAUGAUCUGAAUGAGGACGCAAUGCUUGGGAGACUCGAGGGUAUGAAGGAUGUGAUCGAGCAAGUAAAUAAGCAAUUUAAAGAUCCAGACUUGACAACUUUUGUAUGUGUUUGUAUCCCGGAAUUUCUUUCAUUAUAUGAAACGGAGAGAUUGGUGCAAGAGUUAGCAAAGUUUGAGAUUGACUCACACAAUAUUAUUAUCAAUCAAGUUAUCUUUGAUGAGGAAGUUGUCGAGUCAAAAUUGCUAAAAGCACGGAUAAAAAUGCAACAAAAAUAUAUUGAUCAGUUCCAUAUGUUAUAUGAUGACUUCAACAUCACCAAGCUGCCCUUGCUUCCAGAAGAGGUAUGUGGUGUUCAAGCGCUGCAAAACUUUUCCCAGCAGUUCCUUACACCAUACACGCCUGCUCUGAAAAGGGGCACCAUCGAGGAGCUGGAACAGAGAGUAUCUAUACUGAAAUCCGCACUGCAAGAAGCUGAGUCAGAACUAGAUAAAGUUAGGAAGGGGAAGAAGGUAGCAUGAUCCUUUUUCACAUGUCAAUGCGCGUGGAACUUGACAGAAGCCAUGAGAAAAUGAAAUUAGAGAGAAACACUCAAAUUUUUCGUGUCAGUACAUACUCUGGUUGAUUUCAUUUUCAUGUUUCCUCAAUCGAAAUAUUUAGAUUUGUAAUAGCUAUCGGCAGAGAAGUGUACGAUUAGCACGAGAUGAGAUAUAGAUGUGUUUUUUCGCCAA